UCCAACACAUCCCUAGAACAACUUUCUUUUUCCUCUGCUGUGUGUGUGAAUGCAAAAAAUAUAGAGUGCGCAAAUAAAUUAAUUAGAAACACCAGUACGACUCAAACGUUAAUUAAUUGGCUUGCGGCUGUGACGUAGCGCGCCUCUACACGCCAUCCGAUAAUUGCCAAAAAAAAUAGGAAAAGAAACGGGAACACCUACGCGAACGCAAUUAAAAAGUGUGAUUUUGUGUGAGUGUGCAUGCGAGUGUGUGUGUGAGCUGCUGCAGUCGACGUCGCUGCCGCUGUGCAGUAAACAAAUCUCGCAAAAAAAAAAAUAGGAGAAAAUGAAGAAAAUCCUGUCGAAAUUCGAGCGCAAUGAAAACUCGAGACUGGAAAAUUCGCACAACACCAGCUCCUCCUCAUCAAAGGAGACGAAUAGCUUUGUGGGCAAGGUUUUUACAGUGGGACGUGUCACGGUCACUGUCGAGGAUGUCCUGGCCGAAGGUGGCUUUGCCAUGGUCUUUCUGGCACGAGGCAAUGUUGGCUCCGGCUCCUCCUCUGGAAAGUACGCCCUGAAGCGCAUGUACGUGAACAAUGAGCACGAUCUGAAUGUGGCCAAGCGGGAGAUACAGAUUGCUAGCAAUCUCAGUGGCCACAAGAACAUUAUUGGUUAUGUCGACUCGAGCAUUACGCCCACUGGGAACGGUGUGUGCGAGGUGCUGCUCCUGAUGCCAUACUGUAAGCAUCACAUGCUGGCCAUGAUGAAUGCAAGAUUACACAUUGGCUUCACCGAGCCCGAGGUGCUAAACAUCUUCUGUGAUAUUGCCGAGGCUGUUUCCCGUUUGCACUACUGCCAGACGCCCAUUAUACAUCGCGACCUUAAAGUGGAGAACAUUCUGCAAACGGAUGCGGGCAAUUUUGUGCUCUGUGACUUUGGCUCGGCCACAGCCAAAACGUUGAAUCCCCAGCAGCACGGCGUCACUGUGGUCGAGGAGGAGAUCCAAAAGUACACCACACUCUCCUAUCGGGCGCCCGAAAUGAUCGAUCUGUACAGCGGCAAGAGCAUCACCACAAAAGCCGACAUUUGGGCACUGGGCUGCAUGCUGUACAAGCUGUGUUUCUUCUCCCUGCCCUUUGGGGAGAGCACACUGGCCAUACAGAAUGGACAGUUUGCCAUACCGGACAGCUCCAAGUACUCGAAGGGCAUGCAUCAGUUGAUCAAAUAUAUGCUGGACACGGAUCUGGAGCAUCGCCCGAACAUUUGGCAGGUGUGCGAGGUGGCAUUUCGACUCGCCGGCAAGGACAAUCCAGUGCAGAAUUUGCAUAAAACACCCAUUCCAAAUUUUGACCAGCUGCUGGUGCCGCCUUUCGAAUCGGAGGCAAAGCGGAUCAUUGCUGCCGCAUCCAAGGCAGCCAAAUCACAGAAUGUGUCGAUUAUAGAGGCAGGCACAAGCGUGGCUCCGCGCUCCAGGCCCAAGGGCUCCAGUUCCGUGCAUGGCGGGAAUGCCUUGGGUCUCGGUCUGCCGCCCAGUCCCUCGCCACGUCUGAACAUCACUUCACCGCAGCCCCAGAACCAGCCUGUUGUGGAACAGUUUCAGGCAAAUUUCCCAGUCAUGCCGUGCGCAGCAGUUCCUCCUCCUCCUGCUCCUCCUGCAGCUGUGGCACCGGCUGAAACUGUUGUGGCAGCAGCUGGAGCAACCAACAAUCUAUUCGAGUCGUCUGGCUAUCCGGAUCCAUUUAAUGAACCAGCGCAGGCCACAGCAGCAGCAGCGACUGCAGUAACAGCAGCAUCAGCAGCCACUGUUCCAGCCCCCGAGGAGCCACCCAAACAGGAGGAGGUUCAGGUGGUGGCGGCGGCUGUUCAAGAGUCUCUGGUUGUCUCUGGCGGCACACCCACAAAGCUUAUGCUAACGCCGCCCAAGCCCAGCGGCGUUGGGGGACAUCGGCGCAAUGUUAGCGAUACAUCAGCAUUCAAUAAAACGUUUGCCAAUGAGACAAGCCAGUUUUUGGCCCCAUUCAACAACAAUCUGGUCAGCAUGGGCGAUGGACCACAGACCACAUUGGCAAGUGCCACCUCCAAUCCGGGUAUAUUUGCCUCGUCUGCCUCGAUAUCGAUCAGCGAAUUGUCACGUCAGUCAAUGGAUAAGCGUGUGGAGGCCUGGAAUCCGUUUGAGGAAGAGCAGCCGUUUAGUCAGAUGACCGAAGAUCAUAUAUUCGAGGCUGAAUUCGACAAGAUACGUCAGCGUGGCAGCCAAGGCAGCAUAACAGCCAAAUCGGCAUCCACAACAUCCACACUGACGCCCACUGAGCAGAGUGCAACGGUUGUGCCUGCCCCGGCCACAGCUGCAGCUACAGUCACGGCUACUUCUGUUUCGCCACAUCCGCCACAGGUAUCCGAGGAUCCGUUUGGUUCGGCGCCAUUCAGCUUGCCACCCGGACUGCGCGAGAAGGCCACCAGUUCGCUGCGCAAAACCGGAGCGAAAUUCAUCAGCUGCUCCUCGGGCGGAGGCGGCGGUGGAGGCGGAGUCUCGUCCAGCAGUCUGACUGGCGGUGCCAAUGCCUCGUCCAAGUGGCUGCUGUCGCCCACCCUCGAGAUGUCCAGCGAGGAGAAGACAUCGCUGAUCAGCAAACUGAAGACAGACUCGGAAUGCGGACUACUGGCGAGCGGUGGUGAUGGCUCUACCAGUUUUGUUAAGCUGCCGCUGGAGGAUCGCAACAAGUACGAGAAGCUGAGGAGCAAUGAUCAGCCCACUUCCGAUGACUCCGACUCUGGAACGGAGUUCUUUCAGCAGGACAGCGACGAGGGCGGCGGCGGCGGUGGAGGCAGCGCCAAGAAGGCGGCCAUCUUUAAGCAGAUGCAGCUGGUGACGAGCAACAUACCCGAGACCAUUCACAAGAUCCAGCAGGUGGCCUACCACAAGGUGGACAAGACCUCCAAUCUGCCCAUCGUUAAGAAGCUGCGCCAGACGACCAAAAAGCCAACGACUGCUGCCCAUCAGGCGGCCCAGCAGCUGAACAUUAUGGCCGCUGCCGUGGCUGCCCAGGCCCAGGAGGCCCGGGAUGCCGAGGCCAAAGCAGACUCUGAUGGGGAUUCAAUUGGUUCAGCCAGCGAUCUGCGGGCCGAGGAUGAUGAUCUGUUCGACGAGAAUCCACGUCAGACACAGACCAAGCUGCGUCGCCCGCUGCCCAUGGAAAUGGAUGGCAUCAGCGAGAGUGUGAAGACGUGCAGCAGCUCGGCCUAUCAUGCCGAAUGCGAGAGCGUGACGACCCAUGAGGACGAUCGGAGUCGUGUGGUGGUCAAGGUGCGCUUGCGGAAAAAGGAUCGCACGGUGGCGGCCAGUGGCGAUCUCGCGGCUGUUGGCGUGGCCUCCGAGGAGCUCAGUCCCACGUCCAGCGAUCUGUUGCACAAGUUCGGUGAUAGGCCGCUGCUCCUCGACGACGAACUGGACUAUGGCUCUGGCGAGAGCAAGAGCAGCACAGAAUCUCUCAAACAGCAGCAGCAGCAGCAGGAGCAGCAAGACCAAGACUUGGAUGUGUUUGCCAUGGCUCCGUUCAAGCUGCCCGUGGGUGUGCCCAUCAAGCGUAAGGCCAAGCCCAAGCCGAAACCCAAGCCAAGUGAGCCGGAAAUGUGGACAUCAACGCCAGUCAAGGGUCACGGCGCUGCAGGGGAGGGCAAUCAGGCAAAUUUUGCCAGCUUUCCGGCACAACUAACGCCCACGCCUUCACGGGAUACGACCCAAUUGGAUGAGUUCAAUGAGCCUGUAUUCAAUCCCUUCCAGGAGUUAAAUGCUGUGGAGCAGCAGCAGCAGCGGCAGCACGAGGACGAGGAUAGCAAUCAAUGUGAUCUCUUUGGCUUGGAACCAUUCCCACAGGUAAUUCGUAAAUGUAUUGAUGUACCACAACCAGCACCCAUCGAACAGAACCCGUUACCGCUACCGCUCCAUCAAUUUCCCAGCCACCAGAACAACAACCACAACAACAAUAAUAAUAAUAAUAUCAUCAAAGUGCCCGCAAACGGGCCGGCAACAGCCACAAUUUCGGCACCAGCAACAGCUUCAGUGUCCGUGUGUGCGGCGCCCCAACUGGUGACCAUAAAUCACUCGAUCAUUAUCAAUAAAACCCCAGAGCCGGCACAGCCGUUGAUUAACCACAACAAUAAUCAUACGAACAAAUUGAGCGGACCAAGCAGUGUCUAUGUGAAUGUGCCGUCCUACAGCACCAAUACCCAGCCCCAGCCACAGCCACAGCCCCAGUCCAUCUCUGUGCUGUCCAUAGCACCUCCUGCAAACGCCUCAGCCGCCGUUUUACCGAUAGCCGCACCUGUUGUACCAGCUGCAGUCUCGGUGACUUCGGUGACGGUUCCACACCUAAGACCAUUGCUGCCCAUCGCUGAUAAUGCCUAUGUGCAAAUCUCUCAAGAUCGCUGCUCCGACUUUACGCCCGAUAACGAGGAGGAGCCCGUGGUGUUGCGUGAUGCCGCCGAUAUGGUUGCAGACAUCGCCGACCUCACUGCUCCCAUCGCUGCAGCCAAGCCCAAGAAGGAGAAGUCCCAUCUGGCUGUGAGGGUGCUGCCGGGCAAGCUCACACAAAAGGUCAAGGGACACUCGUACAAGAAGGUCAGCGCCGCGGCACUGGGAUCGACCAGUUCCCUGAGCUCCGGCAGCAAGCAGAAACAUCAACGCCUUCAGUAUCAAUCCCACGACGACGAUGACGAUGAGGAUCAGGACGAGAAUCGAGCCGCUACCAGCCGCAAUUUCCAAUCGAACACCAUUCAGAGCUCGGCCAAAACGGGCUUCAGCAACAUGAGCUUCGAGGACUUUCCCUCCGACCAGGAGAUGGAUCGUCUGUCCAAGACCAUACCCUUCGAGGUGGUGCGCAAUGAGAAAAUGCUGCUGGAGGCUGAGAAGAAGUUCGGGUCGCUCAAGCGGCGCAACAAUCUUUUUUCCUAGACAAACAAACAAAACUGAGGCAGGGACGGGACCUGACCUAUCCCGAAUCUAUCCUUAUCAGCGAGUGGAAUUUUUUCGAGCGAAGAGACCUUAGACUGAGUGUUUCCAAAAUAAUAUUUGGCAUUUUGUUUUUUGCUUUUCUUAGUUCGAUUUUUGGCUCUAUUUUUUUCGCAUAUUUUUCGAUUUUUCGCCGUUUGUUUUCCGUGUGUUCAAUGAAGAAAUUACUGUAUUUUUGGAGCCUAGUAUUUGCGAUGGUAUUUUAAACGAGAUCUUAGACACAAAUGUUGAGAAUGGAUCCAGACAAAUUACAAUACAAUACAAUAUAUAUUACCUACAUAUAAUUGUUAUUUAGUGGAAAAUGUAAACUAGAAUUAGCCCGUUUAUAAUAACCGAAAAAAAAACUGGAAAUGUUUUAGAAUUUAUACAAUGCGUAAGUUGUACCAAAGUUACAUUUAUUUUGUUUUUUCGUGUGGCAUUUUCAGCAUUUUGAAAUUCCCCCUUGCCCCCAACACCCAUUAUUUAUUUAUACAAGAAAAGUAUGUGAUUAUAAUCCCAAUAACCCAAAAAAGCAACUAAAACUAAUUAAUUAUCUAUUAAACAAGCAACAUUCAUCUAACAACCCCAAGGUAUUUAAGGUUAAUAUUAUGUAUGAAUAUUCUACCCAAUAUUGAACAACAACAAACAUACUUGAAUAUGUUAGUACUCGAUUUGUUUUGCAUAUGUAUUAUCUCCGACUAUAUAAAAUAUGCGUACUUUAUUUAUAUUUUAAA